AUGGGGAAGCGCGUGUCAGCAGCUUCCACAGAUGGCCCCGUCACUGUGUUGGAGCGUCCGCUUUCCAACCAGAAUGCAGACCUCCUGCUGGAGCUCGAUGCCGCCCUGGGAGAGAUCAUGAGCCAUCGCAUCUUCAGCAAUAUCAUGUCCGAUACCCCCCUGGGCAUCACUCAAGGCGGUCGCGAGGCCGCCUUUGUGGACGACGCCUUCGAGAUUUCUAUGAAGCGGAACGGCUCCUACAAAGGUGCCGGCAACUUGUUCUGGUUGGCGUUGAGACGCCUGUCGCGCCCCAACGUCCCAAUCCUUCAGAAGAACAUUGAAGAUCUCCAGGCCACGUGGUUCGCCGAAGACACCAUUCCGACCGAGCACCCGUACCAGAUCACAGUUGGAGUGACAAGCCACAGUGCAGCCCAGCUGCGCUCUGAGUUUGGGAACCUCGUCCGUCUGUCGCCAGAGGAGCCUGACAUUGCGUUCAUCCUGGCCCUGGCGCAGCAGAUCACAAACGGAGCAUGCGAAGCCACGUUGCGGAAGUGGAAGAAGGUCGCACUCACGUGCAGUUUCACCUUCGAGACGGUGGGAAACGAGGAGGAGGGCUUCUGGCGAAGCGUCAACUUGAGACGCAGGCUCUUCUACGACUACGAGAAGCUGUCGUUGAGCACCACUGCACGUAUUUUUGCCGUGAUCGACUUCAAGCAAAUGCACCCGACGCUGGGGAACAAAAAGUUGGCCCAGGAAUACCGAGCUCACUUGCAGGAUUUUCGGGGCAACACCGAGAAACCCAUCAGCGACCAUUUUGUGGAUGUGGCCGUCCGUUCCUACAACCUGCUCUUCUGCUCGGACGUUUGCAAAAAGAUGAUAUUAUCCGACGAGGAGACGCAUGGGAAGACUUCCGUCUUCAAUGAGCUGAGCAUCUUCGACGCCAUCUGCAAACGCUGCCAUAGCACGGCGGAUGCGGUGUGGGUGCUCAGCACGUUGAAGGACUUGAUCUCUGGGGGCUCUUGGGGCCCAAAGGAUUUUAACGAACGAACCCUUCUGGGCAAGAACCAGAGCGGCCGCGGGGAUCUGGUCCUGUGGAUCGCUAAGCGAGAAAUUUUGCAGUGGGUGCUCACGAGCUGGCUCACGUGUGGUCCUCGGCAAGAGCACUUCCCGAACGACGAUGUGGAGUUGCUCAAAGCGAAGAUAGCUUCACACUCGGACUACCGUGCUGCGUGCGGGGGCUUCGGUGCGAAGGUGGACCUGACAUGGCAGGCUGAGAUGCAUGAGUCGACCAGGAAGGUGCUCGGCUUCCUGGAGUCUCUCAUCUAUGGCACCCGGCAGGAUUCUCAUCUCAAGUCGGCCAUCAAGACGACUACAGUUCCGAAGGACAUCCUCGCCCAGGAGCCCUUCGCUGCGCAGCUGCAGGAAGCCAAGGAUUGCCGUGCGAAGGAGCUCCCUGCAGAUGCCCUGAAGCAGGACGAGAAGAUGGAGCCCUCGCCCGCGACAGGAGCCAUGAAUUUCACGGAGCCGGAGCUGGAGACGCUAUCCCGCCUCUUGCCCGAGGGCGUGACCACCCAGGAUCUGGACGAGGAGUCCACUACUGAGCUGAAGGACUUCGUGCAGCUGGCAGCCAAGCGUGUGGAUAUGUUCUGGACACCUGUGCUCAUGAUGGAGAACCGUGAGGGCAUGCAGGUCGAACUGAAACCCACGCCGGUUGCCAGCUUUGCAAAGAAGCUGAAAGCCGGGCAGAAUCUGCUCAUCUACAUGGACACGAAGGUGGCGGGUGAGAGCAGUGCUCAGCCGCACUGCAGGGUGCCCGCAUUCAGCACCAAGGUGCCAAGGGAAUCCCUCGGAGCACUUCUGAAGAUCUGGUCUCUCAGCGAGAUGCCGGACAAUGUCGUCGUCGCCUUCGCUGAUGGCUACCGACCCGGACUGGAGAACAACCUCAACCAGGUCUUCGUGCAUCCGGACGGGGACUACCUCACCAAAAGCCGGUGCCUGCAGCACAUCUCCUACGACUACAAUUCCAUCAUUGCCAGGAAGAGUAUGUCCCGUGGAAUCAUCAACCAGGUCGAGGGCCUCCACAUCUACACGCGGGACACGCUCACAGUCGAGUCCCGCAACCGGCGCUUCUACGACGGGAAGACCUCCGGCACAUUGAUAGGACCUGUGGUGUUGGACACCUACGGCAGUGCCGCAACAUGGCGUCUCAGUGCGGAGAGCAAGAAGAAGCUGUAUGGGAAGCAAGGAAAGUCCCUGGCGGGCGGCCCGGGUCCCCAGGAAGACAGACCUGUUUUCACUGAUGGCAAGGAGCCCGCGACCUUCUGGGGCUCUCCGCGGAAGCUUUUGGCGGAACUGCUCUUCUCGCUGCAAGCGGGCAUGGUCCUCAACCUCGCCGAAGUUGACGGUGCCAUGCCCAUGGAGUGCCUGCUGAGCAAUAUCCCGUGCGUCUCCGUGGUCUUCAAUGCUGACCACGCCCAGCUGCUGCACGCCAGGCUCGUGGAGCUGACAGUGCAGGAGAUGACAGACCCCAAGAGCCCGCUUCAUGACGCGAAGUUGUGA